AUGCCGGAGCUUUCGAAGUUUCUUGGGUGUGAGGAUGGAGCUAUUGAAGAAAACCUGAUGUCUAAGUCCCGUUCACAGUUACAGUCUCUCGUGAAGGACAUCUGGCAGGCCGAAUUCUGUCCUAGUUCACUGACUGCUCUAGAAACCAUCCUUUCUGCUCUCACGGUACACGAGGAGCUGCUUGAGGUGUGCGAAUUUGUUGUCGACUUCCUGUGGCGUACCAGCCUGCCUGAGGAGUAUCGUGAAUCGACUGCAGUCUUUUUAACUGAAUGCAUCCGGAAGAUGGAAGAAUGGAAGCUCGAACGGCUCGCCCAUCACAUCAUUCAGCUGCUGAAAGAGCAGUGUGCUGAAAAGGGGCUGCUGUUUGACGCGCUGGCCUGCGCUGCGGACAGACUGGAACGAUCCGAGCAUAUUGCCGAGUCCAUAAGUGAACGUCUCUGUGCUGUCUCAUGGAAUUUGCAGAAUCUGUUGCCCAUACUUGAUGCCUUCGCUUCCAGCAUCUUUAAACUACCCGUGAGGGCUACCAUUUUGAAGAAGAGUCUCUCCUAUUUAUCGGAUCUGCCUCCUGAGAUGGUUUCUUCACUAGUUUGCAAAGUGCUCCAGUACAACGAACCUGAUCUUCUUGGCAUGUCCUUCGUUCAUCUGACAAACUAUUUCGCGGAAAAGGAAAAAACAGCACAUGGACGUGAGACUGUUUUAACUAUUAUAGAAGAAUCUAUCCCCCAAGCUUAUCAUCUCCUUAAAAACAAAUCUCCUGCCACAAUACCGCGCGUCGUUCGUUCGUUUCAGCAUUUGCCAGCCCUGAUUUCGCUGGAGCCCUUUGCGCUAGCCCUUUUGGCCGCUCUGUUGGGUGGAUGGGAGAAUUGGCAGCAGGUGAGCAAACACCUCUGCGCUGCCGUGAGCUACGCCUUCACCAGCACCGACCGUAUCAUUGGCUCGGCUACCCACCGCCGC